AGUAUUUCGUACGUAUAAGGUAUCUUCUGUCUUCCAUUGUAUCUUCAGCUUCCUACCUCAUGCCCCCGUGCUGUGUAUCGUUCGUUGCUUCGUCUUUCUCCCUCCCCAUCUUAUGUUGCAUCCUUUCAUCCGAAUCCCAGUCCUGCAUCCUGCUCGUGAAAGCUGCUAAUGUCCAAGGUAGCUAAGUGCUCAAGAGUCAACCCUGAGAAAUAGCACGGGAUACGAGACUACGACCAUAUUCUCCGACACUAUUCCUGAUACAAGUUCACAAGCACAAGGUGACACGGGCAGACGGGAGGGACUGGAAACAGGGAAAGAAGGAAACUGCGAGCAGAUAAAAAGAACACCACAAUGAGCCCCAACGAGCCAGUACCCCGCGGCCGGGGGAUCCGCAUCGCCAUCGACCGCGGCGGCACCUUCACCGAUUGCGUCGGCGAGCUCGACGGCCGCGAGAUCAUCAUCAAACUCCUCUCCGAAGACCCGUCAAACUACGCCGACGCCCCGCUCGAGGGCAUCCGACGCAUCAUGUCCCACUUCACCGGCCGCGAGAUCCCCCGGGGUGCCCCGCUGGACACGUCCCAGAUCGACUCCAUCCGCAUGGGCACCACCGUCGCCACCAACGCCCUGCUCGAGCGGAGAGGCGAGCGUAUCGCCCUCGUCGUCACCCAGGGGUUCCGCGACUGCCUCGCCAUCGGGAACCAGAGUCGCCCCAAGAUCUUCGACCUGGCCAUCCGCAAGCCCGACGUCUUGUACGAGCACGUCGUCGAGAUCGACGAGCGCGUCACUCUCGAGGACUACGCUGAGGACCCGGAGAGGACUGUCACCAAGGUGGAUGUGCUUGCCGGAACCGAAGGGGCCAAGACCGCCGACCUUGUUCAGGGUGCUUCGGGCGAGGCCGUGAGGAUUCUGCGGCGGCCGCAAGAGGAGAGCAUCAGGGCCCAGCUGCAGGAGGUUUACAACAAGGGGAUCCGCAGCAUAGCCGUAUGCCUCAUGCACGGCUAUACCUUCCCGGAUCACGAGGCUUUGGUCGGGAAGGUGGCGAGAGAUGUCGGUUUCCAGCACGUAUCGCUGAGCCACGAGCUGAUGCCCAUGAUCAAGCUGGUCUCCAGGGCCACCUCCGUCUGCGCCGACGCCUACUUGACCCCCGCUAUCAAGAAGUACAUUUCAGGCUUCCAGUCGGGCUUUGAAGGCGGUCUCGGCACCAGAAGCGUGAAGGAAGACAAAUCGAGUAGAGGAGCGAGGUGUGAAUUCAUGCAGAGCGACGGCGGCCUGGUGGACGUUGAAAAGUUCACCGGUCUGAAGGCUAUCCUGUCGGGGCCCGCAGGCGGCGUGGUCGGCUACGCCGUCACGUCUUACGACGAGGAGACGAAGAUUCCUGUCAUCGGCUUCGACAUGGGCGGCACCAGCACCGACGUGUCGCGCUACGGUCAAGGUCGCUAUGAACACGUUUUCGAAACCACCACCGCCGGCGUCACUAUCCAGUCCCCCCAGCUCGACAUCAACACCGUCGCCGCCGGUGGCGGCUCCAGGCUCUUCUGGAAGAACGGGCUUUUCGUCGUCGGUCCCGAAUCCGCCGGCGCCCAUCCCGGCCCUGCUUGCUACCGCAAGGGCGGUCCCGCCACCGUGACCGACGCGAACCUCUACCUUGGCCGGCUCCUCCCCGACUUCUUCCCCAAGAUCUUCGGCAAGAACGAGGACGAAGGCUUGGACGUCGAAGCGAGCAAGGCCGUCCUGCAGGAACUCGCCGACCAGGUCAAUCGGGAGACGGGGAAAAACAUGAGCGUCGACGAGGUGGCGUACGGCUUCCUUACCGUAGCGAACGAGACCAUGACCCGGCCGAUCCGCUCCAUCACCGAGGCCAAGGGCCAUGACAGCUCCAAGCACCGACUGGCCACCUUCGGAGGCGCCGGCGGCCAGCAUGCUGUCGCCAUUGCCGAGUCCCUUGGCAUUAGGCAGAUCCUCGUCCACAGGUACUCCUCCGUGCUGUCGGCGUACGGCAUGGCGCUGGCCGACGUGGUUGACGAGCGCCAGGAGCCGGACUCGACCUUGUGGGCGUAUCCGGGCCAGGCGGUCGAGGAGCUGAAAAGCAAGAUGGAGAAACUGAAGGAGAAGUCGCGCCAGGCCCUGCGCGAUCAGGGUUUCGCAGACGAGGAGAACGAGAUCGUCUUCGAGGAGUACCUGAACAUGCGAUAUCGCGGGACGGAAUCUGCGUUGAUGAUCAUCAAGCCAAGCGACGAGGACGACUGGGAUUUCGGAAACGCCUUCGUCAAGCAGCACCGGUACGAGUUCGGGUUCACCCUGGACGACCGCGACAUUAUUGUCGAUGACGUCCGCGUGAGGGGCAUCGGCAGGAGCUUCAGGCGUACGGAAAAAUCGGUGGACCAGCAACUGAAGGAACUCCGCCGGAAGGACGUCGAACAGGACAAAGUGUACGAUCGGCAGCAGGUGUAUUUCGAGGGCGGUCGCCUGGACACCCCCGUGUACAAGUUGGCCGACCUCAGCACCGGCCACUCCAUCAAGGGACCGGCCAUGUUGGCCGACGGCACGCAGACCAUCGUCGUGACGCCCACGUCGACGGCCCUCAUUCUUGAUACCCAUGUUGUCCUGGAACACGAGCCGGACAGCAAAGCGCAAAAGGAGCAGUCGGGCCAGGACGACCGCGAAGUUGACCCGAUCAUGCUCAGCAUCUUCGGCCAUCGGUUCAUGGCCAUUGCCGAGCAAAUGGGACGCGCCCUGCAGAAGACGAGCGUCAGCACCAACGUCAAGGAGCGUCUCGACUUUUCGUGUGCCAUCUUCGACGCCACGGGCGGCCUCGUGGCGAACGCACCCCACCUGCCGGUCCAUCUGGGCUCCAUGUCGACGCUGGUCAAGCGGCAGGCGGAGAUCUGGAAAGGGAACCUCCGAAAGGGAGACGUCAUCAUAUCCAACCACCCUUCGUACGGCGGCACCCACUUGCCCGACGUGACGCUGGUGAUGCCGGCGUUCAACGAGGCGGGCGACGAGAUCCUGUUCUACGCUGCAUCGAGGGCCCACCAUGCCGAUAUUGGAGGCAUCACGGCGGGAAGCAUGCCGCCCCACUCGAGGGAGCUGUACCAGGAAGGCGCUGCGAUCAAGAGCGAGAAGCUCGUCAGCCAAGGCCGGUUCAACGAACAAAGGGUCGUCGAGCUGUUCUACGACGAGCCGGCGCAGUACCCGGGCUGCAGCGGCACGCGGUGUCUCGCGGACAACAUCAACGACCUCCGUGCGCAGGUGUCGGCGAACCAGAAGGGCAUCUCCCUCAUCGAGGGGCUCAUCGAAGAAUACGGCGAGGACACGGUGCAGUUCUACAUGGUCAGCAUCCAGAAGAACGCCGAGCUCUGCGUGCGGAACCUUCUCAGGGACGUGAGCAGGCGGUUCGAGGGCAGGGACCUGCAGGCGGUCGAUUUCAUGGACGACGGCAGCCCGAUCCGGCUCAAGGUCACCAUCGAUGCAGAGAAGGGCGAGGCCGUGUUCGACUUUACGGGGACGGGGCCCGAGGUGUACGGCAACAUCAACGCGCCGGAGGCGGUGACGUUCAGCGCCAUCAUCUACUGCCUGCGCUGCCUCAUCUCGGAGGACAUCCCGCUCAACCAGGGGUGCCUGAAGCCGGUGACGGUGGUCAUCCCGCCGCACUCGCUCCUCUCGCCGUCGGACAAGGCGGCGGUGGUGGGCGGGAACGUGCUGACGAGCCAGCGGGUCACGGACGUCAUCUUCAAGGCGUUCCAGGCGUGCGCGGCCAGCCAGGGCGACUGCAACAACCUGACGUUCGGGUUCGGCGGGAACGUCGGCGGCGCGGAAGGCGAGGCGGUGAAAGGGUUCGGGUACUACGAGACCAUCGCGGGCGGGAGCGGCGCGGGCCCGACGUGGGAGGGCACCAGCGGCGUGCAUACGCACAUGACCAACACGCGCAUCACCGACUCGGAGGUGUUUGAGAGGCGGUACCCCGUGCUGCUGCGCGAGUUUUCCCUGCGGCCCGGAUCGGGCGGGCGGGGCAAGCACAGGGGUGGCGACGGCGUGGUGCGGGAUAUCGAGUUCCGGAUCCCUGUGCAGGUGUCGAUUCUCAGCGAGAGGCGGGUGUACCGGCCGUACGGCAUGGCGGGGGGUGAGGACGGCGAAGCGGGGCUGAACCUGUGGGUGCGGAAGGUGGAGAAGAGCAGUUGGGAGACGUCGCUGAAGAGGUUGCGCGCCAGUAACGGGCAGGGGGGCAACGGUGAUGCGACAGCGGCAGCGGCAGCGGCAGCGGCAGGGGAGGAAAAAGGGGAAGAAGAAGUGCAGUACGAGGAAAGGAGGUUCAACUUGGGAGCGAAGAACAGUGCGCCCAUGAAGCCGGGAGACCGGAUCAUUGUGUGUACACCUGGCGGUGGCGGCUGGGGCGUCCCCGGGGAGGAGAGAGAGGUUGAUCGUCGGCCGGAUCCCAGGGCGGCGUGGAGGGGUGGGAGUUUCGCGAAUCGGGAGGAUCUCCAGGUGCAGGUGUGAGGGGGGGCCGGAGUCGUUUUUGGAUAACUGACAACGUUAUGAGGACAACGAUAGAGGAUGGUAAGAAACAGAGACAUAUUAGAUGGGUGCGGCACAACUCCUUCGCUUGUAGUUGGGCUCAGUGGAACCCCCUGAUCGGAGGACGGGGCACCGGGGGGAGGAGACCCACUUACCGCCGAUAUCACGGGACUCGGAUCGGUGUAAAGCCGAGAGAAGAGCCGCGGAUAAGGGGUCCUCGCCUAUUCUGAUCGAACCACGCCCUUCACUUGUCAUACCACUCAAUCUCCAUAUCUGACCGUCUUAUUUAUU